CAGUGAGUAUAGUUCCUGCUGCACGACUGGUCGCCUGUCUUCGUCUCGUGUUAGGUAAAACGGCAUCAUGGGAUCCACAGAGAGUAAGUUGGUGUCGCCAAUGAAACCAGAACCAGCCAUCAAAAACAGCCGUUUCACUGAUCUGAUCGAUCCUCGCUCUCCUUCGUUGCAGAUUGAUCGUACACCCAUCCAAGUCGAUGGGCUUUUUUCAAAAACCAAGUGUCCACUGGGCUUCACUGAUCCCCGCUCACCUACUAUUGGCAUUAGCCGCACCCCUAUCAGAGAUGUCAUGAGAGCAACAGUUGGAUCCUUCGCCCGCCGCCUGGGCAUGUUUUUGCACAUUGAGGCUGAAGAAAAGCUCAAUGAAGCCCCUCAGAAAAGCUUCAAUGAUGCCAUGGAGGAGGUGGUCUUGGCGGAGGCGGAAGAGCUCGCUUCCACCGAGCCCCUCCUGCCGCCACAGCCUUUCCUGGUUGAGCAUGCUAACCUCCUGGCCACAGCUGUGCAGCCCCCUCUCAAAAAUGUGGGCGACUCGAGCGCCUUUGUGCUUUUUGAUAAACCCCAUUUCCAGGUGGAAUUAGAAACUGAGGUAGACAUUAGUCUGGAGGAGGCUGAAGAAGCAAGAGAGUCUCCUCUUAACAAGAGACUGAGCAUGAGCCUGAUAACCUACCAUGAGGGGGCAACCUCAUCCCAGAUCUUUGCUGAGGUGCACCAUGACAGCAUUUCAUCCCCAGAGCCGAGUGUAGAAGUGGAGCCCCUCGGGGACGUUGUGGAUGAUUCCUAUGCCCAUCCCUCUGUCUCUGUUGAUCUAGAGACCCCUGUAGAGCCGUCCCUCCCCUCUGAUUCAGAAGGGUCCCCAGCUCAGGUCUCCCCUGCACAGUCAGAGGAAACAGAACCAUCUUCUGAAGAACCCAAAGAGCUUCUUGAAGAAUCUUCUUUGCCGUCUACACCAGAGCCACCAACUGUCCCCAGCCCAGAGCAGCCGCAUCUCGGCACCGGCAUCCGCUGCCCCACCUUUGACCCAAAGAGCCCCAGUCAGGUGGUGUUCAAGCCGCAGUGGUUGGGAAAAGGUUUUGGCGCCACUGGGCUGAGAGCUAGAGGAGUGCAGGGUGGAAAAGGAGGCUCCUCCCCUCUCGCUGUCCGGAUUGCCGUGAAGAAAGUAACCAACGAGAACAAGCGUCGGUCUGGAAAACUGAAGCAGAAAGGUACUGAAGGUCGUUCCCCACUGCAGAUCCUUAAGGGGACCAACUCACCCCAGGACCAGCGUGCUCAGGCGAAGCUGAAGGUGUCCACCCCCGAUAAGCAGCGACUCGGCCAGAUUGAUCGCAGAGUGCUGGCUGUGUCUUUGGAUAAGGAGAACCGAUGAUUCACUGCAACAUGGACAGAAUCCGACUACUUUUAUUCCUCUUAAAACAAGCUUUUAUGUGUACAGCUUUCUUUUUAUUUAUGUUUUCCUGUGUGUUUGUUUUUAUUACUGCCAUUUUCUAUCCUGUUUUGACUUGUAAAUAUAAAUGUCAUUAUCUGCUUUAAAUCUUUGUAUUGAUUGUCUUUUGCUUUCCUUUUUGUAUUUGGAAAACUUUUUUAUAACUUUAAUUUCUUAACCCAUUUGUAAAAUUCCUAUUCUUUAUUGUCGCUUAAACAGAAUAAAAGCUUAAAACUAAAUAUUCA